GGCAAUGAUUCCUCCUUCCCGGGCAAGAGGAGUAGAAGAGGGCGGGAUCACCCGGCUUUGUGCAGCAACACUCCGCGUUGCUUUGCGGCAGGGCGAGCUGCGUGCGCCUGAUGCAAUCCGGCUGCCAUUGGGUGUGAUUUCUUGGGGAGGCAGCCGCUUGGAGAGAAGCGCCCCUCUUUUGCUCCCGGCCUUAGGAGAGCAGCCAUGUCUGCGGUCAUCAUUGAGAAGGCGGAGAGUCUGGCCUUGGGAGAGAUGUAUGUCUCUGACCGAGAGGGCUGCGACUCCACAGGCGAUGGAACACAGGAGAAGCCUUUCAAAACAGCUUUGAAGGCUUUGCUUGAAGUGGGAAAGGAGCCAUUUCCUACAAUCUACGUGGACUCCAACAAAGAAAACGAGAGAUGGGCUGCUAUUUCCAAGACUCAGCUCAAGAACGUGAGAAAACAGUGGCAGAGAGAGCUAUCGAAAACUGAAGCUCGAGAAAAGAAAGAGGCAGAAGAUGCGCUACGACGUGAAAAAAACCUGGAGGAAGCAAAGAAAAUUGUCAUUGAGAACGAUCCCAGUCUCCCAGAGCCUACAUGUGUAAAGAUCCGUGACCUUGAGGCUCACAGAGGGGAAAGAGUGAAAGUUUUCGGCUGGGUCCACAGACUGCGUAGGCAAGGAAAAAAUCUGAUGUUUAUUGUGUUAAGGGACGGCACAGGCUUUCUUCAGUGCGUCUUGACAGAUGAACUGUGCCAGUGUUACAAUGGGGUUCUUCUCUCUACUGAGAGCACUGUUGCUGUUUACGGAACACUCAACUUGGUCCCUGAAGGCAAACAGGCUCCUGGAGGCCAUGAGUUGUCCUGCGACUACUGGGAGCUCGUUGGCCUGGCUCCAGCCGGUGGAGCCGAUAACUUGGUCAAUGAAGAGUCAGAUGUGGAUGUGCAACUGAACAACCGGCAUGUGAUGAUUCGAGGGGACACCUUGACCAAAAUCCUGAAGGUGCGCUCAGCGGUUGUCCAGUGCUUCCGGGACCACUUCUUCGACCGGGGCUAUUAUGAAGUCACCCCACCAACUCUGGUCCAAACGCAGGUUGAGGGAGGCUCAACUCUCUUCAAACUGGACUAUUUUGGGGAAGAGGCGUAUUUGACGCAGUCGUCCCAGCUGUACCUGGAGACCUGCAUCCCAGCCUUGGGAGACGUGUUUUGCAUCGCUCAGUCAUACCGUGCAGAGCAGUCUCGGACUCGCAGGCACCUGGCUGAAUAUACACACAUUGAAGCCGAAUGCCCUUUCAUGACCUACGAAGACCUCUUGAACCGUUUGGAGGACCUUGUCUGCGACGUGGUGGACCGAGUCUUGAAAUCCCCUGUGGCGGCCUUGGUGUAUGAACUCCACCCGGAAUUUCAGCCCCCCAAGCAACCCUUCAAGCGAAUGAACUACUCAGACGCCAUUGUGUGGCUGAAAGAACAUGAUGUGAAGAAGGAAGACGGCACCUACUACGAAUUUGGAGAAGACAUCCCGGAGGCACCAGAGAGGCGCAUGACAGACACCAUCAAUGAGCCCAUUCUCUUGUGUCGAUUUCCCACUGAGAUUAAGUCCUUCUACAUGCAGCGCUGCCCUGAGGAUUCCCGCCUGACCGAAUCGGUUGACGUCUUGAUGCCCAACGUUGGCGAGAUUGUCGGAGGCUCGAUGCGUAUUUGGGACAGUGAAGAGCUGCUGGCCGGCUACAAGAGAGAAGGCAUCGACCCCACACCUUACUACUGGUACACAGACCAGCGUAAGUUCGGCACCUGCCCUCACGGAGGCUAUGGUUUGGGCUUGGAAAGGUUUCUGACCUGGAUUCUGAACAGGCAUCAUAUUCGGGACGUGUGUCUCUACCCACGCUUCGUCCAACGCUGCAAACCCUAGUCAAGAUCUUCUGGACAAACUCUUAACUUAGCAAAACCCCAUCCCUGAAAAAUUCAAGAACGCAUUUCAUCCUCCUACCCAUCUGUGUUCAAGCAAGAACAACCAAUCAUCUCCUUUUCUCAGAAGAAUAUGUCUUUGCAGCUGGUGUUAAGUUGAAAUCCGGUGGCUUUCAGAACCUCUUCUUCCCGGCCAGUCCGUCUUGAGAUUUGUGCUUAUUCAUUUGUUCUAGAUUGAUCUGUAGUCUAAACUCUUCUUCCUGUUACAUGUUAAGUCCUGUUUGAAAUAGAAGAAUCAGGGUAUUUGAUUACCUUCAAAUGAAAGGAGCUGGAUUUGGGAACCUGGUUUUUGGUUCAGUGGAAUAUUGAAAAACAGCGGAAUGUUAGCGUUUUCACAAGCAUCAGAUGUAUUGUAAUGCAAAAUCGUACAAAUUAGAAUGUUUAGAAAGUAUUGGGUUUACUGGUAAAGGAAUGAGCUCGGAUUUAAUCGUAGCCUCUCUCAAAAUACGUUUUUAGUAUAUACUCUUAAAGGGAGAUGGAGGAUUUACUGUCCAUGUAACUGUACCCCAAAAGAAAGUCAAAUGCUUAAGGAAAACGUAGCUCUGAAAUUACCACAGCUCAGUUGUAACGUUGCCGUAGUUACAAUAUUCGGUUAUGACUACAUGCACAGCUAUCUAGGGUGGAAGGCAGGAAUCCGCAACCUUUUUGAGGCCGUGGGCAGCUUUGAAAUUUUCAGAGGGGAUGGUGAGCAUUGCCUCAAAAUGGCCUCCAUGGAAGGUGGAAACAAACUGAAUAGCUCUCAUGGGGGUCAGAGCCAAACCCAAUGACUCCUUCCUCACACAUCCUGGGAAGACAGAAAUCCUGAAAUAGGAAUGGGCUGAGUAAGGAAAACCCACUUACUUACCAGUCCUCCUGUCCUCUGCUGGGAAACUUUAAUUUGAAUGAGAGAAGCCAAUAGUAAGCCUGGCUUUACAAUAGCCCAGCCUACUUUCUAAAAAGCUUGGCUAGUGCCUAGGAAAAUACUGGGGAGUCACCAUGUUGGAGAAGCCUGGUGUAAGAUAUACCCAGGGCUUUUUUUAUAGCAAGAACUCCUUUGCAUAUUAGGCCACGCCCACCUGAUGUGUCCAAUCCUCCGAGAGCUUACAGGGCUCUUAGUGCAGGGCAUACUUUAAGCUCCAGGAGGAUUGGCUACAUCAGGGGUGUGUGGCCUAAUAUGCAAAUGCAUUUCUACAAAAAAUGCCCUGGAUAUACCCUUGCUGCAAAAGGCGCAAAGUAUAUUUGGGACAUCUACGAAACCAGCGAGACUGAGUAUUAAGCAAUAGAAGAGAGACUACAGUAUACUGGAAGGAAGUGGACGUAUUCCUCAAAGAGCUGGCUGCUGCAUUUUGCAGCGUGACUUGGCUAUACAUUCUUUUUAAAAUGAGCCACAAAACUAUUUGGCAUGGCUUCCCCACCAAGGAUCAUAGGAGUUGCAGUUUCAGGAAGGUGCUCUGCUUCUCUCAGUGUGACUUGAUCUAUAAUUUCCUGGGCUGGGGAGAGAAGGAGCAGCUGAAAGGUGCUGCUGAUUGUAAUAAAUGGCCUUGUUGUUGCCAUUCCUCUUGAUUUUAAGGACCCUUUCCCUUGAUUUUAAGGACCCUUUUCCAGAUUGGUUGGGAGGAACAGGCGGCAGUAAUUGGUGUUCUCCGGCUUCUUUCCUCAGGGCCUAAACUCAGCAGCUUUCCUUUUACCUCUUUCUUUUGAACAUGACAUAUUUGUAACCAUUGUGCAUGUCUAACCUGGCACCAAAUAAAUUCAUGGAUUGUGGGUAACCAUUCUUCCUGACGGUUCCGAA